AUGUGGGUCUUGCGUCAUUACUCCGAUUCGGGAUUAGUGUGCAAGGCACACGGCAAGCGACAGACUUUCACCACCGAUCAGGAGUCGUCUAUUGAAGCCAUACAAGCGAUGGGAUAUCCUCGUGAUCAGGUCAUUGCCGCACUUCGAGCGGCGUACUGGAACCCUGAUCGUGCUGUGGAGUAUUUGUUGAGUGGAAUCCCUGAUGAAGAGCAAAUGCCUAUUGAAGUUGGUGGUGAAGAAGAAGAGAGUGAAGGAGAUCAGGGAUUUUUGACCCUUUCUGUUUUGUUGCAACAGCGUUUGUUCAUUAGUGAAAGCUCCAGCUCCAGCUUGAGCUCGUGCGCACUGCAUCUUCCGCAAAUGGCAAUGAACUUCGUAUCUCGUACGUUCUCCAAUCCUGAGAUUCUCCCUUCAUUAAUUCAGCCAGCAGCUGGAGCCGAAGCCGCAGCCAAUCCCAACCCUUACGGUGAACGCCACGUGAUCGAUUUAACAGAGCAAGAAGCUGCAGCUAUUCAACGCAUAAAAUCUAUGGGGUUCCGAGUUCCAGAUGGUCUGAUUAUAGAGGCGUAUUUGGCGUGUGACAAAAACGACGGAAAUGGCCAUCGAUUUUACAAUUUGACAGAAGUGAAGUGUGGUCCUACGGAAGAUGACAUGUGA